AGGCCUUCAAAACAGAUAUACUUAUAGAGUUAUACAGACAUAGUAAAUGAGAUAAGCAUAUAGUUUUUUUAAAUAAGUUGUUUUACUUGUUAGUUCUGUGUGGGAAGAACAUAAACAAGGGAGAAGUGGAGAUGGAGUCCUUUUGUACCCUAUUUGUUUUAUUGCUGCUGUGCUUGACAGAACUUGUGAUAACCCAGCACGCUCUCACAACAGAAUCACUGGAUGUAGGGAUUGGUGAUGUGGUACAGGUCACUGGAGAAGUAGGUGCUAAUACAACUGAGACGAAAAAAGGGGAGGCAGAGCCAUUUUACCUUGUGACAACAGAGGAGGGAACUGAAGAUCUGGAGCAAUCCUGGGAAAAUGAACUCUUACAGGCCCUGGAAAAAACUGAAUAUGACAAACUGGGAGCAGAAUGUAUAACCAUUGAAAUGUGCAAUGAUGGGAAAAUUAAGAGAACAAGAGUGAUAACAAAAGGAGACACCACAACAACAGUUACUGAAGUCAUGGAAAAUGGCAUAACAACUAUUACAACAAGGGUGAGCAGAGGAGGGAAAAGCACAAGUAGUGUAAUCACCAAAAACAGUGAGAAAAAAAUAAUUCCUCAAAUUGGAACAGAGGCAGAAAUUGUAAAAAUCGAAGACAUCACGGAGGAACUCCAAAAGGAUGGCUCAGUGAUAGAAACGAAAAGAAUCUUGAAAGACGGAAAAGCAAAAGUCUCUAAAGAAACAAAAAGCAAGCUACCAAUGUAUGGAAAAAUCAUGACUCGUGUAAAAAAAAUGACAGCUAAAAAGACAGAUGGAACAAUAAUCACAACGGUAAUAAAAACUGAAGUCUCAAAGGAUGGCACAGUUGUGACAAACCAAGAUAGCAAGGUCGUAGAAACUGUGCUAACAAUGGAGAGCAGUAGAGAGGAUGGCACCAGAGUUGUAGAACAGUUUACCACGAAAGAUGGUAAAACAACAUUUUCCAAGAAAAUAUUGAGAGGAACACCUAUUCAAGAUAAUGUCACAAUAAAAAAAGACACAAAGAAAACAACAAUUCUACAAAAAGAUGGAAGUAUGCUAAUCACAAUUGUAAUCCAUGAAGGAAGAACAAUUACUAUAAUCACAAAGACUGUGAAAGGGGACAUUACAAACACAAGAACAGAAAUCAAGAAGAAUGAUAAGACUGUUCAAACAUCACAGGAAACCACAAAGAAAUCCACAGUAGUCAACAAAGAUGGAAGCAGUACGACAACCACUGAAACCAGCGAUGGCAAAAAAGUCAUUAAAUUAGUAGAAGUCACCAAAGGCAGUGUUAGUAAAUCCACAAAAAAAGUCUUUGUCGAUGACAAGCCUCUGAAGGAGGAAGAAGAGUCAACAGAGAAAUCCAGUGUAACAGACAAAGACAUUACAACAACAACUACAGUGAUCAAAAAGGGAGAGCACACAAUAACAGUCACCGAAGUCACCAAAGGUAGCAUCACUGCAAGUACAACAAUAAUAAAAAGGGGUACAAAUGUUUUAAAAACUCUCUACUUCACAACAGAAGAAGAAAUGGAAGUUUUGGACGAACCAUCCCAAAUCCUCAGAGGAGCUGAAGGCAAAGAGACUAUUGACAUAUCUCAGCAGGUCAAUGGAGAUGGUACAGUUACCGUGACAACAACAAAAACAACCACUACUAGGGAGGGCAAGAUCACUGUUACUCAGGAAACAGAAAGUGGUGUUGCAACAAAAGACACUAUCUCAAGCACCACAAAGAAAAGUAAAGAGAUCAUGAACGAUGGCAGCACAAGAGAGAUCACUGAGACCACAAGAGGGGAAACAGUUCAAACAGUUCAAAAGGUUACAAAAAGUGGUGAAACAAAAACGACCAUAUUUGUGCAGGAAGGAAAGAAGCCAGAGGAAACAACAGAGGAAAUAGUGGAAAAAAAACCCUCAGUUAACAAAGAUGGUAGCAUCACAAUAACAACAGAAGGCAAAAAGGGAGAUACCAUAACUACCACAACAAAAAAUAUCAAAGGGAGCACCACCAUCAGAACUACAGAAGUAAACAUAGGAAAUAAAGUACUGGAGAAGACAAUUGAUGUUACAGAGACUUCUGCUGUGCUUGAUGAAGAUGGUACAGCUAAAACAACCACAGUGACAAAACAGGGAGAUAGAGAAACCACAGUGACAAAAGUCAUCAAGGGUGGUGUAGAAUAUGAGACAACUGAAGUCAGUAAAGGUGGCAAGCCUGUGGAAAAGGAGUCAACUGAGCAAUCCACUGUGGUAGGAACAGACGGUACCACCACAACAACCACAGUAAUAAAAAAGGGAGACAUCUCAAAAACAGUCACAGAUGUCAUGAAGGGGGAAACCAUGACUACCACAACAGCAGUCUCUGAAGGUGGGGAAAUUACCACCACAGUGAAAAACAAAACCUUGCACACUGAAGAGACUCAAAAAGCAUUUUAUCCUGGUAUUGAAGGCAAAGUUAUAGAAACUGUAAUUACAAUAGAAACAGGCCAGAAGGACGGAUCCAUAAAGGUUGAGGAAGUAACGACCAAAGAUGACAAAACUAUAUUGUCCCAGAAAAUAAUUAGAGGAGAGUCCAGCAAAGGGACCAGUGCUCUUGUGCAUAGGGAGACUAAGAAAUCAACUGUUCUACAACAAGAUGGAAGUAUGCUAAUCACAAUUUUAAUCCGUGAAAGGGAAACAGUCACCAUAAUCAGAAAGGUUACAGAAGGUCACAUUACAACAACCACCACAGAGAUAUGGAUGAACAACAAAAUUGUGCAAACUACAAAGGAAACUACAAAGAAAACAAUUGUGGUAAAUGAAGAUGGGAGCACUACAACAACCACUGAAACUAAUGAUGGGAAAACAGUCACCACAUGGGUUGAAAUCACCAAAGGCGGUGUCAGUAAAAUAAAAAAAACAGUCACAGAAGAAGGAAAGUAA